UCUUCGAACAUAUCAACAAAAAUAUACAAAAAAAAAACAAAAUGAUGAGCUUCAAUUUAUGUGGACUUUUCUUUCUCUUUGCUGUAAUUUUGAUAAUUGCACCAACUUCUUUGGCUCAAUGUAUUAGAAAUAGAGAUGGAUGUCAACCUGAUGGUAGUCAAGGAGUAUGCUGCUCAGGAUUUUGUUACAAAGAAGCAAAUUGGGUUGCAGGAUAUUGCAAAUAGGAUAUAUGACAAUGUUCGAAUUGAAAAAAAUUCAUAAAUCCAAUAAACUUACCAAUUUCUUUGAUUUGUUAUUGUGAUUUCAAUCAUGGUAUAUGAAUUAAAUAAAUGAGUAAAAAUAAAUUUUUCUUAUUCUUCAAA